AUGUCAUUGAAGCAGAGAUCAGUUUUACUGUUGAUUCAGCUGAUAUGCUACUUUAGACUUGUAACUUGUGGAAAAGUGCUGGUAUGGCCCACUGAAUACAGCCAUUGGAUCAACAUAAAGAUGAUUCUAGAUGAACUUUUGCAGAGAGGUCAUGAAGUGACAGUUCUGACUUCUUCAGCUUCCAUUCUUAUUGAGCCAGGCACUGAAUCUUCUAUUAAUUUUGAGAUUUACCCUGUACCUUUGAGUAAAGAUGAGCUUCAAUAUUUUUUUCAAAAAUGGGUAAAUGAAUGGACUUAUGAUUUUCAAAAACACUCACUUUGGACAUACUAUUCAAAAAUGCAACGAGUCUUUAGUGAAUAUUCUGACGUUAUAGAAAGCUUCUGCAAAGCUGUAGUUUGGAACAAGAGUCUAAUGAAAAAACUCCAAGGAUCUAAGUUUGAUGUCAUUCUCGCAGAUGCUAUUGGCCCUUGUGGUGAGCUGCUGGCUGAACUUCUGAAGACACCUUUAGUGUACAGUCUCCGCUUCUUUCCUGGAUACACAUAUGAAAAGUACAGCGGGGGGCUUCCACUCCCACCUUCUUAUGUUCCUGUGGUUCUCUCAGAAUUAACCGACCACAUGACAUUUGUGGAAAGGGUGAAGAAUAUGUUGCAUGUGCUGUAUUUUGACUUUUGGUUUCAAGCAUUAAACGUGAAGACCUGGAGUCAGUUUUACAGUGAUGUUCUAGGGAGACCCACAACAUUAUAUGAGAUGAUGGGGAAAGCAGAUAUAUGGCUCAUUCGAACCUACUGGGACUUGGAAUUUCCCCACCCAUUCUUACCUAACUUUGAUUUUGUUGGAGGACUCCAUUGUAAACCAGCCAAAUCCUUGCCUAAGGACAUGGAAGAAUUUGUUCAGAGCUCUGGAGAACAUGGUGUUGUGGUGUUUUCACUGGGUUCAAUGGUUAAAAACUUGACAGAUGAAAAAGCCAAUAUAGUUGCAUCUGCUCUUGCCCAGAUUCCACAAAAGGUUGUAUGGAGAUUUGAAGGUAAGAAACCAGACACCUUAGGAUCCAAUACUCGGCUUUACAAGUGGAUACCCCAGAACGACCUCCUCGGUCAUCCAAAAACCAAAGCGUUUAUAGCUCAUGGUGGCACCAAUGGCGUCUAUGAGGCGAUCUACCAUGGCAUUCCUAUUGUUGGUAUUCCAUUGUUUGCGGAUCAAGCAGAUAAUAUUCAUCACCUGGUAGCCAAGGGAGCAGCUGUUAGAGUGGACUUCAACACACUGUCAACUACAAACCUUCUCACUGCCUUGAGGACUGUCAUUAAUGACCCUUUGUAUAAAGAGAAUGCCAUGAAAUUAUCAAGAAUCCACCAUGAUCAACCAGUGAAGCCCCUGGACAGAGCCAUCUUCUGGAUUGAGUAUGUCAUGCGUAACAAAGGAGCCAAGCACCUUCGCCCAGCCCUGCAUGACCUUGCCUGGUUCCAGUACCACUCUCUGGAUGUUAUUGGGUUCCUGUUGGUCUGUGUGGCAGCUGUGGUAUUCAUCAUCACAAAAUGUUGCCUCUUAUGUUGCCAUAAGACUGCUAACAUGGGUAAAAAGAAGAAAAAAGAGUAG